GUUCUGUAAUUCAGUAUCAGGUCGUAUAAUCCAUCUAUCAUGAAGCAGCUCUUAUGUAACAAUGAACGUUGUUUCUUUAAACGCCCCUCAGAAACAUCAGACAUGAUCCAGUGUGUAGUGUGAAGGUAGACCAUGUAGUUUAACACAGAGACGGAGCUGUGUCGCUCGCCAACAGUCGGAGCUGCAGAGAUCCACUCUUCAUCUGUGACCCACAUAGUGCCGAGACACCAGGCGGAGCUCCGGCGCGUGACUCCGCCGGUGCAGCAGCAGCAGCGGCGGCGGCGGCGGCAGCAGCGCUGAGCGGGGAGACGGCUCCGGCUCCUGCAGCGCCUGGACGCCUCUUCUGCUUCCGAAGCCAUCGCGGCGCACGAGCGGAGGCGGCGGCAGACGGACUGACGACGGCAAAGACCCGGUGUAAGACGCGCUCCCCCACACCUCCAGGGAGAUGAGCUCAGUCUGGCCUCUGACUAAUCCAGCACCGCUGCCACUGACUCGAGCUUCUACCGUCCCAUAGAGCACCGCUUCGUCCCCUGAGGGCUUGUCCUCUCACAGCUACCUCCUCAGAUCAGCCCCCUCCUCUGCUCCUGGAAGACGCUCCGCCAGCAUGGCGGCGCCGGCGGCCCAUGAGUUCCACUGGCAGAGUUUGGCUCGGCUGUCAAGCGGACGGGUCUACCACACCCUGUCUGAGGUGGGGGGGCAGAUGUACAUGCUGGGGGGAUGCGACGCGGCAGGGAGACCCUGCGCCUCCCUGGAUCUCUACUCCCCAGAGGGCGACCGCUGGAUCGCCUUGCCCCCCAUGCCGACCCCUCGCGCUGGGGCUGCCGUGGCCGUGCUGGGGAAGCAGCUCCUGGUGGUGGGCGGUGUGGCAGAGGACCAGAGCCCCACGAAGGUGGUGGAGAUGUACAACACAGAGGAAGGCAGGUGGAGGAAGAGGAGCGCUCUGAGGGAGGCGCUGAUGGGCGUGUCCAUCACUGUCAAAGACAACCGGGCGCUGGCCGUGGGGGGCAUGGGUGGCGACCUGCUCCCUCGGAACAUCCUCCAGCAGUACGACCUACGGAAGGAUGUGUGGGCCCUGCUGCCGCCCAUGCCGACGCCGCGGUACGACGUCAACUCUCACCUGUGGGACAGCAAGCUCUAUGUUGCCGGAGGCCGUCAGUGCAAGCGCCCCCUGAAGGCCUUUGAGAUGUACGACAGCGAGACGCGCUCCUGGACCACGCUGCCCUCGAUGUCCUGCAGGCGCUCGUACGCCGGAGUGAUAUGGGAGCCGUCCGGCCGUCUCUGCCUGCUGGGGGGGCUCCGGCAGGGAGGGGGCCACCAGAGCUCCAAGUUCACCAAGAACGUCAACAUUUUUGACGCCAACCAAGGCGCGUGGGUGAAGUCGGAGGAGACGGUGGCCAUGAAGACCAAGAGAGCUGACUUUGUGGCGGCGUCCCUGAGAGGCUGGACGGUGGUGGCGGGGGGUCUUGGUCACCAGCCCUCUGCACUGGACACUGUGGAGGCCCUGCAUCCUCAGAAGAAGAAGUGGGAGAGGCUGGCGCCCAUGACGUACGCCAGAUGCUCCGCCUCCUCCAUCAUCAUCAGGGACCGACUGCUGGUGGUGGGAGGAGUCAAUCAGGUCAUCCAACACUUUUCCCUCCUUUUUCGUGGGGAGGAAAGCUGUGGGUUUAGGAGGAAGUCAGGCUCUGGAAUGACACCUGGGUUUGGUCAGCACACCUUCACGCCCAUGGCAUUCGGCGUCAGUACAGGACGCAGUAUAUAGUACAGGACUAUUAUUGCGCCUUCACAACUGAGCUAGUGGCUUUAACCGAAGAGAGUGUGGCGUAGGUUUAGCAGUUGCUGUAACCUGGCCUGAUUCCUUGUCACUAUUUCCAAGCUGUUGCUGCUUGUUUACCGGCAGUUUUUUUAGCGUUUAAUGAUUUGAACUGCAGUGUUUUGGUGAUGUAAACAGAUCAUCACCUGCUGGAUUGUUUGUUGCGGCACUGAAGAGUUGUUUAUGACAGAAAUCUGGACUUAGUGGUGAAGCUCUGGUGCCGCGUCUCUCACCGGGGGGAAACACACAUUUAUCCCCAAUAUUUAUUUUAUUUUAAGAGACGCUGGACUUGAUGAGGCCUGAGUCAGAGAGGCGGUCCAGAGGAAGAAGCUCGGGCCGCGGAGCAGACUGGAGUGGAGGGCGCGUCCGUCCCUCUUCGCUCUGUAGGUGCAGGAACAGUGUGUGUCCCAAAAUCACGGCGCUUGUGUUUCAGGAGCAUCAGGAAGCAGCUUCUCUCACUCAGGACGUCCCAAACACGAGAUGAGUGGCGAGUCACAUCAUUCAUGUCGGACCUUCUGCGCUCACCCCCUCAGGUCCCGAGCCCCGCCCACGAGAUUCUGUACGUGAAAGAAGAGGAGUUCCUGUAGCGGCCCCGCACCCGCGCGACACCGGAGGCUCGGCGCUCCCGCUGCAACACUGCCCCCUGCCGACCGUCACCUGCAAGCGCGCGCUCAAGCACAAAGGGAGGCGCUGGCUCUUUCUGACUGAACUGAACUGCACGUUGUCGUGCGUCACUGGGGAACUUUGGUCGCUCACACUCAGCGGAUGCGAACGUAGUUUUAUAAAGUAGACGCGCGUCCCGUGUCCGUCAUUUCACACCGAGCAUGUUUCGGUUCACAGGUAGCGAACCACACCUGCGUCCGUCCCGGACCCCAACAUUGAAACGUCAGGUGUGACGUCGCCACUGAGGCGCAGUGAAGCCGUCAGAUGGAGCGUGAGCGGCUGAGAGAGGGCGCGAGGUGGAGGUCACCGCCUCCCUCAGGUGGUUUCCUUUGAGCAGAGGUGAAGGAAUAAAGGUCUCAGGUGGUGUCACGUGGUAAUGGAUGUGUACUGCGACGAUUUCCCUCGGGUGAAUCACGUUUGUCUGAUGCUGGAGAGAUGAAAAUCAAGUCAGUCGACCCGAGGUGUGACGCAAGUGUUGGCCACUAGGUGGCACUAUUGCAUGGUGUGUGAGAGUGACGAGAAGAACAGAGCAAUGAGCGUCUUCACAUCUGAAUAGUUCGCUCAGUGUCAGUGUUGUUACCUCACCGUUUGAUCGGUACCGUUCUGUGUUCCCUGUCACUAGUGAGGUACCAGCUGUCAAAGGUGGUUGGACUCACUGGGAGAGAAUAAAAAAAACCUUGAAAAUCACAGAGGAUUCAGGUGUGAAGAGUCCGGUUCAUGUGUCCUGACAUGUCCUACCGUACUGGGACAUGGUGGGUGCAGAGGAAGUCGUGACCGGAUGUGCAGCCGUUGCCCCGCCCUCACGCUUGCCUCAGAAGGAUCGCCAUCACGCCACGGUGCAGAUCACGUGGGCUCCUUGUUUCCACAGUGUAAUAGUGUUUGACUAAGGAUGGAGUUAUGAAUCAUAAAUCUCCCGCGAGACGCUGCUGGUUGUGUUUUCAGCACUGUCUCAGGGUGAGUUUGACUUGACUGUCAGGGACCCUCCGUGUGCAGGAGUCCACUCCUGACUCUUCCUGCUCAGGUGUUUUCCAUGGCGGAGUCGGGCCUCUGAGUGUUGAAACUGAGACCGGACUGAAGGCAGCCCGACUCUCUCAGUCUCGGUCUGUGGCCUCAGCACGGUCCUGACCCGGGGCGGCCCUGGUCCAGUCCCGUUUCAGAGCCUCUCGGCCCGGCAUCACUGCAGAAGCUCUCCAGUGUGGAACGUUCCCAUGAAUCCUGCUGUGAGUGAACGUUCCACAACCAGCAUGAAAACCUUACUACGACUCCAAAGUUCUUUCCACGAAAACAUGUUUUCCCCCGAAAUCUCGGCCAUGUUUGGCCUCAUGUAUCGUCCCAGGGAUUUUCCACUGAUCACAUGUCACAUGACACCCAGAAGGAAGAUGUUUGCCUGAGCUUAAACAAACUUGACGGAAGAGCUAAAUAUUAAUGGAACCAGAGUCCUGACGUGGAAGGAUGUGGCUGAUGGUGUUCAGCUGGUGGACAUGUCAGAACGCCGAUGCAACCUGAACCUGUUCAGGCUGAGACCGAAGACUUUGACUGUGUCCCAUCUCUCCCCCGACACUGGGCUCAGUGUGGCGUGUCCCACUCCUCCUCACUGGCCGCUCACCACUUGAUCACAUGACCCCUUCAAACCCAGGCAGCUCCGGAGCUGACUUGAAACCAAGUGGGAAGAUGAAGUGUGGAGAGAUGUCCAGGAGACCAAAGGACUUGAUUUCACAACAGUGUUGGACAGGACAACAGGGACCUGUUAGUAGCCAGGACCACUCUUCCCUGUGUUGACUUCCUCUGGUGUCACACGUCAGCCAGCCAAAUGCUCCACCGUGUCCCAAAACAUGAACAAUACAACAUGGAUGUUCAACAGUAGGUUUGGAUUUCUCCUGAACAAACAACAGUGGGCUAGCAUCCAGGCUAACGUUAGCAUCCUCACACCUCUGACACGUCUGUCACACCAACAUAGGCUCUGCCCAUUUCUUCUCCGCUGGUUCACCAAACCAAGUGAGAUGAUCAGCGCCGAUGCAAGAGGUUGCAGAAACGUUGGAGCUGGCAUUUCCAAAACGUUGUCUCAACACUGGAUAUGCAGGAAACAAAACACAGCACGGCAGCCAAUGACACACCGUCUUUAGUGAGUGGCAGGGCGCCUGCCUCAUCACCACCCAGAACUAAGGCCUCCGACAGAGAGUUCUGUCCUCUAACUGGACGACACACACGAGACAGCCUGGCUCUUCUUCCUCUGAGGAGCGGGACGUGCUGUUAGUCUGGAAGCCCGCCGUGGUCUUCAAGAGUCUUGGUCACCUGGUCACCAGCGCGACACCAGGCACACGACCUGAAAGUGAUCUGUCCCGAGAUGGAGCAGGUCAUUCCCUGGUCAGCUUCCUCUCACCGGAACUGUCGGCGAGUGUUUCGUUUAAUGGCUGAACAUUAGUUACUCUUAAGCCACUGAACACACCACACACAUGCGCACACACACACACGCGCCACACGCAGUUAAUUGGUGAAGACGCUUGUUACUUUUUUUUUUCUUACGUUGACUGGAGUAUCGUCGCAGGUACAGGAGUCCGGGGUCAGAGGUCAGCCACAGCAUUUUCCAUCUGGAGUUCUGAGCAAAGUCAAUGAUUCACCUUCAUGCUUUCAUCCAUCAUAUCCAUGUGUUUUGUGGUUUUCUAUUCCAGUUCUUCCGGUUGGUAUGCCCAGAUCCCAGAUUCAGUUUUGCUGGUAAAUCAUGAAAUAGAAUGUAUGACGGAGGAUUAGGGCCACACACACACACACACACACACACACAAAUAAAAAUACCAUGACGUGAAUAAAGUCAUGACUUGUUAUGUUAUGACUUUAAUCACGUACUACUACUAGGACAUUAUUCUCGUAAUAUUACAGGAUUAAACUUGUAAUAUCGCGACUAUUCGCGUACUAUUACAACGACAUUAAUCUCAUAAUAUCACGACUUUAAUCACGUACUACGACGUACAACAUUACAUUUGUAAUAUUACGACUUUACAACUUUAAUCACGUAAUGUUUUUAUUAUUUUUGUUUUAUGUGUGGCUUUUUUGUGCUGGCGCUUUAAAUGGUGUGUUUCAUUUGAAGGCGCUUCCCUGCGCAGCACUGUCCCCUGCAUGUGCUGCAGGAUGCUAACUUGACAUGUCAGACUGAAAGAAGCUCCACAGCAGACGUGCUGCUGCUGAGUGAGCAGCCAGGAGGGAGGAGCGGACGCAUCACCGCCAGCGGGGCUUCACCAGAGCGCGGCUGUCACACCUGAUCAGGUGUUGUGCUAACAAAGGAAACAGAGCUGACAGUGCUAACAGAGCUAACAGAGCUAACAGAGCGGACAGAGCUGACAGAGCUGACAGAGCUAACAGAGCUGACAGAGCUAACAGUGCUAACAGAGCUGACAGAGCUAACAGAGCUAACAGAGCUGACAGUGCUAACAGAGCUAGCAGAGCUGACAGAGCUAACAGAGCUGACAGAGCUAACAGAGCUAACAGAGCUGACAGUGCUAACAGUGCUAACAGAGCUGACAGAGCUAACAGAGCUAACAGAGCUGACAGUGCUAACAGAGCUAGCAGAGCUGACAGAGCUAACAGAGCUGACAGAGCUAACAGUGCUAACAGAGCUGACAGAGCUAACAGAGCUGACAGAGUUAACAGAGCUGACAGAGCUUAGCCAAAUAAAUGCGGUCCGACAUGUGAAGAGAGAAAGAAUCAUUGUAGGAGGUGUAGGACUCUAGUGACCAGAAACUUGCAAGUUGGUCUCAAAAACAUGUGAGGUAUAUUGGCCUGAUAUCGGCCGAUCGUGAUCGGUGGCCGAUCGAUCACAGCAUCCCUAGUAAUGAUGAUAAUUCCAUCAGUUGUUCCCUGUCCUCUAUCGUCUUUGUCAGGUUGGCCCACAGGGGGCGCUAGCUGCUGUUGCUCCGCCCCUGUGUCUCGCCGGCCGACUUCCCUCUGAUCCUGGGUUUCAUCACUCCAGGUGGAGUCAGAGGUGAAAUCAAGACGUGGAGUCAAAUAUUUAGUUUGUGUAAUCCGUAAGGCGUUGAUCCCUGCAGGACCAGUUUUAAAGAUUACAGAGAUAAACGUCCCGGAUACGUCGCCGUCCGUGUGCGCUGGAAGAUUCCACAGCAGACCAGGGCUGAGAAACAGAGGGGGGAUGUGGUGAGAGCAGGACCUGAAAAGCUGCUUCACAUUGGUUCUGCUGAUGUAGCAGCAACGGACAGAGAGGCGAAGAGAAGAGUGCAGGCAGGGUGGCUCAGCUGGAGAUCCAGGGGGGAAGUGCCCAAAAAUGGAGCAGAGUUCAGCACUGACAGGGCCACAGCGCUGCUCUCACAGCAGUUUAGAAUGAACAUUAUUCCUUCCAGCAGGAUGAAAAGGUGCAGUGAAGGAAAACCUUCACCCCCCAAGAGUCAACACCGUCAGCUGGCCGCGCACCUGGCCUCGCUCCCAGGUGAGACAGAGCUGAGCGACCAGCAGCUUUAGCAGCUUGACGGACACUUGCCCCACAGACAGCGACGCGCUGCCUGCGACAUCAUAACAGCUGUAUCAUGAGGCCUGGACUGAACAAUCCUCUUAGCCUCUGAAUCCUAUUAAGGUCCGACCCGUGAGUUUCCACUCUCCCAGCCUGCAUUCUUCCAUCACAGGAGCCUCCAGCGACUCCUCUCCUGCCAACACCCCUGUGAGAGAAGGUCGAGGAAAUUCAGCCACUUUUGCCCUCAUUCCUGAAGUCACCAGCUGCAGCUCGUAACAAUGUGGACGUAGAGAUGGGACGGGCCAGAACUGAUGGUCCACCAUAUCCCACCAAACCCAACCUCCACGCUGACUCCUCUGCAUCUCACCAUAAAGUGGAUAAACCCAUGACUCACUGGCUGCAUUGGACCUGCACACGUGAACAUGAGGAGACGGUGACGGCGCCGCGCUCUCCAGCUCCGCGGCGUGUGACAGUUGUGGAGAGUGUAGUGGACUGUGGUUCACCACGGUCGUUUGAAAGUGAUGUUGAAUCCAGGGAACCUUUGAUCAUGACACUGGUCGACUCUGAGUCUCUGGAUCCCUGUUUCUUUGAUGAGAUGGAGUGGUCCUCAUAGGUUCUCUGACGCGCUCCUCUGCCUUGGUAAUGUUUCUUCAGCAGCAUCUAGGAACUGUGUCCAGACUGCUCCAUAGUUCAGAGACAUGAGACACAGCAGGCAGACAGACAGACAGACGGCUCCAUUGAAGCCCUAAAUAAAGCUGGCAGAGCAGCCUGUCAGACACCAGCGGCUUCUACCAGAGACCUGAAACAUUGAGUUGCUCAUCUCUGCACUGCAGACUUCACUCUUCUAUUGAUGCUGGAGACAAACUCCACUCCUGAGUUCCAUCAUCCAACAGAGAGACUGUAGUGUCCGACACAUGGAGGAGAAGGAAUCAGACAACAGUAUCUCGAGCAGCAUCAGCAGAGAUUUUCAUUCAUGCUCCACGAGGUCUUCAAUGAGUGACUGUCCUUGUGUCUCCAUGACUGAGGUUUAAACUUCAACAGGAUGGAACGAAUGAAACACAACUUGACUUUAUUGGUUAUCAACAAAUGGAACAUUCAGAGGUUAUUCUUGCUUCCGGGGUCAAAGGUCAGCACAGUGUGGAGCUGGGUCACUGGUCGACAUCAGCGGGUGACCCCCGGGGGCUCUUGACCUUUCUGACCUCGGGGCCCAUUCAAGGAAAAGAACUGAUUCAUUACUGUGGUCACAGAUUUCAGAAUUUGUGAUUUCAUUUGUGUUCAAUAACCAUAUACACGUAAACGAAGCAAAACCUUGUGAAAUGACAUGAAACCUUGUGAUCAGCGCAAAGAUAUUUGUCAUGGAAAAGUCCGACCAGCAGCAGAAGCAGGUGAAAAAAUACAGAUGAUGCAAACAGUUGAGAAAAUUGGAAAAACUGUACAUGAUGAACACAAUUCUGAAUAAAAUAAACAUCUAGAUAUCAUCAGAUAUUUUCUUUUUCAUAAAUAAAGGCAGAUCACAGACAGACAGUCUCUUGGUCGGACUUUAGCGACAGGUCUGAUCUGUGAUGCACAAGUGUUCCACACCUGACUGCGUUUCCUCACAGAAGACCUUCACGUCAUCUCUGUGAAGUUGUGGGUUUAACUUCAUCUACACAUAAGGACCCAACAGCCCUCGAACAUAACCUUUGACCUUUAACCAAGCCACACGGACUAACAUGAUCAGAAAUGAUUCUGCAGUGUGUUCUACUGAAUAAACCUUGAACUCUCACACGUGGUUAUGAACAUUCAUAGCAUCUAUGAAGCCUGAAGAAGGUUCUUGAGUCUUCUGUCGGAGUUGGACUGAAGCGCUGACCCGGCUCUGGGGUGGUGAAAUCAUGAACCAUUCGUGAGCAGAUCCCAUGGAUUCACUCACCUUCUCUCUAUACACUCUAGAUCUAUGCUGACGCGCUGACUCGUCCGUCACUGGCUGCAGGAGAAGAAGUUGGUCAAAUGAGUCACUGCCCCUGGUUUUUAAACCUGACACACCUCUGACGUGACACACACCUUCACCACAGAACCAUGGAGCGAUCCUGGUCGGACCCAUGAGGCCAAAGACUGACAGAGCUAACAGCUGACAGAGCUAACAGAGCUGACAGAGCUAACAGGUCUGACAGAGCUAACAGAGCUAACAGGUCUGACAGAGCUAACAGAGCUGACAGAGCUAACAGUGCUAACAGAGCUGACAGAGCUAACAGUGCUAACAGAGGUAACAGUGCUAACAGAGCUGACAGAGCUAACAGAGCUAACAGAGCUAACGGAGCUAACAGAGCUGACAGAGCUAACAGAGCUGACAGAGUUAACAGAGCUGACAGAGUUAACAGAGCUAACAGAGCUAACAGAGCUGACAGAGCUAACAGUGCUAACAGAGCUAACAGUG